CUGUGUGACAGUUCAUUUCACAUUAGAAUUUUUGACGUUUAGUUCGGUCGUUUCAGUUCAUUUGGGUGACCCCGUAUAAUUAAUUCGUUCGGUUUUUUAACUCACCACCAUCUCAAGCCAUUCAGUUCCCCUACAUCCAAGACUAUGAUGCUAGAUAUCAUGAAUGAACCGGCACAGCACAUGGAUGAAGACCCGUGUAUCGAAGACGAAGUUGUAAUGGAAAACGGAACCACAGACGAAAAAACAAAUCUGAUCAUCAACUACGUCCCUCCGAACAUGAGUGAAGCAGAGAUAAAGCAAAUGUUUAGUUCAAUGGGAACUGUCACAAGUUGUAAACUUAUACGAAAUCGCAAUACUGGCCAAAGUUUGGGAUACGCUUUUGUAAAUUACGAGAAGGCUGAAGAAGCGUUCAAAGCCGUUGAAGAAAUGAAUGGAGCAAGGCUGCAAAAUAAAGUACUAAAAGUAAGCUUUGCUAGACCUUCGUCGAAUGAAAUCAAAAACGCCAAUUUGUAUAUCAGUGGGCUUCCAAAACAUUUCAAAGAAGAAGAUGUAGAUGGUCUGUUUAGGCCUUAUGGCAAAAUAAUAACGUCAAAAGUUUUGAAAGAUGUGGAUGGUGAAGGCCGGGGAACAGGCUUUGUGAGAUUUGAUAAACGCCACGAAGCCCAAUCGGCUAUAGACGAAUUGAACAACCGAACUUUACCUGGAACGUCCACAAAAAUCACUGUGAAAUUUGCAAAUCCUCCUAACAGUAGACAGCCACAAUUCCCGGCACAAUCAGCAAUCCCUUCGCCAUUAAGUCGAGCGCUCACCCCUCAAAGAAACUUUAGUGGCGGGCCGGUACACCACCAAAUGUUGAACAUGAGGUACUCUCCUCUAAGCCCGACUGGUUUCGGUUCAUCCUCAUGCCAGGCGUCAUGUCAUAAUAAUUCUACAUCACCUACAAGUCCAGCGAGUCCAAAUAGCUUUGAGGGUCUGACAGCUCAAGGCUGGUGUAUCUUCGUCUACGGAUUGCCGCAAGACGCCACGACUCUCUUUCUGUAUAAAUUGUUCAGCCCUUUUGGAGCAAUAACAAACGUUGAAUUGAAAGCCGAAAAAGGCUAUGGUUUCAUUAAUAUGAGGAGCUACGAUGAAGCGUAUACAGCAAUCUGGUUUCUCAACGGUUCAUGUCACAAAGGAAAAGUACUGCAAGUCUCCUUCAAAACUUCAAAAAAUAACAAACAACAGCGAAGUUGAGAAUAUCGUCUUUCUACUCGGCGCGAGAGUAAAAUUCAAGCCAACAGACCUAAAUUCUUCAACUCCUUGACGUGCAAAAUAAUGCACAAACCGUCAUUCUAUUGAUUGAACUUUUUUUGUCCUAUUUUUCUCGUUUGUUUUGAGGGUUGUCAUUCAUUUAUCAUGGUAUUAGUGGUAGAUUUCGGUAUUUUUCUUCUUUCGAUCGAACGAUCGAUCCUUGUAUAUUAUACUUCAUAAAAAUGUAUAUUUCAGUUUCGAAUGAUCAAGUGUUCGAAAAGGUUUAGAUUUCUUUCCGUUGUGCUUUAGAAUUCGACGCGCUGCCAUAAAUUAAAAAAUACAGAUUUAUUAUAGUGCCAGAAAGCAUUUCGGACACACUAGAAAAUGCUAUAUAUAUAUUUGAAAUUCGAGAAAUUAUUAUUAUUGCUAUAUUCUAGAAAAUAUUUAGAGACAUUUCCGCUGAGUCUUUCGGCGUUCAUUGGAUAUUAUUAUAAAGUAUGAAAUAGUCUUUAUUUAGCGAGAAGUGGAAGAUGUUGACAGUUUCUUUUAUUGUGAAUGCAAUGUUUACUUUGAAACAUUUUGAGUUUUGUGUCGGAAUUUUUUCCCAAUCUUUGACCAUUUUGUUUCAUGUGUAAUAGUUGUUUAUUUCUUUCAUUAAAUUUCAUUUAACUCCUAAC